UUAACUAUACAUCCUGAUAAUAAUAAGAUAACAUGGUCUAGUGAUAGUAAUGAUAUAAUAUUAUCUAAUGAUAAUGAUAAAAUAAUUGAAAUAAUACAGUCUUGUUAUAAUGAUAAAACUAAUAGUGAAGUACUAAUAACAUAUUCUAAAAAUAAUACAUACUCAAGCCAAAAUAGCGAAACUAUAGUUGUAGAAGAUUCAAUUACUACAUCUACUAAACGACGUACUUAUGCAUGUGAUUAUCAAGACACUUAUAUACCUAAAAAAUCUGUAAUUUUAGAAAACCAACGAAAUAGCAAAUCAAAAAGAUCUGGAUGCCCUUGGCAUAUUAAUGUGAACUUUCCAAAAAAAGCUAAUCGAACAUUACCUGAAGCUGUUAUACGAGAAAUUUCCUUUUAUACAGCUGAAGGAAAUCUAAAUGCAACAAUUCAACGCAAACUUUUGUCUGUUAAGUUUCCUGAUAUUACAAUAUAUCCACGCAAUCUACAAAAUUUAAUGCAAAAAUUCAAAGCAGCUAGCCGAGAAGAAAAUGAUGCAUCAAAACUUCUAAAAUGGCUACUUACUAAAAAAGCUGAAGAACCAGAGUGGGAAGUAUUUUGGGAACUUUACAAUAAAACAAAAAGCCUAGAUAAAGUAUUUUGGAUGUCUCCAGAACAAGUUCAGUUAUAG